CGGCUCACGCUGAGGGGCAUUUUCGUCACUCAGAAAUAAAACGGGACAGCGUACGGACACUCUCGUCGCUAUAUCUCUAAGAACAAAGGAGGGAGGAAAGAAGCCAUUACAGGAUAUAGUUUGGCGCCGACGAAAGAGGAAGAAAUCGGCAAAAGAUCGGCGAAGAGGAGGAGGAGAACGAAGCGAUGCGGGCGCUGUCGGAGAAACCCCUCCUCGCCGCUUCGGCCGCCGCGGCGCUGUUGGCGGGUGCCCUCAUCGUCUCCAGCUUCGUCCGCGCCGGCGACCGCGCCCUCCUCUGCUCCUCCGUCUACUCCUCCUCCUCUCCCUCGGCGGAGCUCGCGGCGGCGCUCCUCCACUACGCUACCACCAGAGUCGUCCCCCAGCAGUCCCGCGCCGAGAUCCGGAUCUCCUUCGACGUCCUCCGCCGCCGCGCCCCCUGCAACUUCCUCGUCUUCGGCCUUGGCCACGACUCCCUCAUGUGGUCCGCCUUCAACGCCGGCGGCACCACCGUCUUCCUCGAAGAAGACCCCGUAUGGUUCCGAUCCGUCACCAAGGACUCCCCCGCCCUCCACGCCCACACCGUCCGCUACCGCACCCGCCUCGUCGACGCCGACGAUCUCCUCAAAUCCUACCGAUCCGAGCCCUCGUGCCUCCCGCCGGCGGCGGCGCCUAUCAAGAACAACCACCGCUGCCGACUGGCCCUGGCCGAUCUCCCGGCCGAGAUCUACGAUCGGGAGUGGGAUCUCAUCAUGAUCGACGCCCCAAAGGGGUACUACAACGAGGCGCCGGGGCGGAUGGCGGCGAUCUUCUCGGCGGCGGUCAUGGCGAGGGGCCGCCGGGGGGAGGGCGAGACGGAUGUGUUCCUCCACGACGUCAAUCGGAAGGUCGAGAAGAAGUUCGCCAUGGAGUUUCUCUGCAAGAAGUAUCUCGUCGGUGGCACCGGCCGGCUGUGGCAUUUCCGGAUCCCGCCGGUGAACGACACUUCCUCCGGCGACAAGGGCUUCUGCUGAAAUCUUUUGGCUCCCGAGGGGUUUUCUUGUAACUUUCAUUCUCCUAGGCGUGAAAUGGUUUUGUUUUAUUUUAAAUUUGUUAUAGAGCUUAAUUAAUUGCUAUGCAGUAAAUUAGAACUUUUUACGGGGGCGAAUUAUAAAA